AUGGAACACAAUGCAGAGAAUGAAGGGAUAGAAGAUGCUGAAUUUGAUUUUUCAAUUCCAUUAAAAAGACCAAACCAAAAUUUGUACAAAAGGCAUGAAGAAUUGAAAAAGUUAUUGGGUAUACCGCCCGGUGAUAAAUUUUUAGAAUUCAUAUUUAAGACAGUUAUAUCAUUAUGUGAUCCUUUUACACAACCAGAAGAGAAAGAGCAGCAGAUAUUGAGUGUUGAUUGUGUAUCUGAUUUAUUAAUUUCAAUUGUAUUUUAUUUUUUUAAAGAUCAAAUGCAUGUCGAUUUAGAGGUUGUUGCCAUUGAGUCAUUAAAGUUUGAAAUUUCAACCCAUUUGUUUACAUUGAUACAAUAUAUAAAUAAGUUACUAAAUUGUGAAGAUGAGUUAAAGACCAGAUUCAUAAAUAAUGAUGAAGUUAAUUAUAUUGAAAAUUUAAAAUUUUGGACUCCCAAAAUAUCCCACGAAUUUAAUUUAAAAUUAUUAUACUCAAUCGAAUGUGUGCUAAUACUAUCAAUUUACAAAUUAGCAGCUAUAAAGGACUCAAAUGAUGAGUACAAUUUAAUACUAAAUCCAUAUUUGCACUAUUUUUUAAAAUUAUGGAAAUGUCAUACAAAUAUAAUUCUAUUAGGUUUAGAAAUUGAUCGAAGGAUUGAGUUUAAAAAUCAUGAAACUGGCUCAGACGAAAAAACUCCAUCAAUUGUACAACAGACAUUAAAAGGUUCAAGUUCAAUACGGUACGUUUUAGCAUGGAUAUUAAAUCAAAAUCCGUCAUCAAUUGAUGAUAAUGAAGAAGAAGAAGAACAAAGUUAUAAAGAUACGCUAGAUUUAAAAAAUGAAACAAUUUUCAACUUUAUACAACCACUCGCCAGAAAGAAAGAUAACGGAGGUGCAUUAACUAUAGACAUGAGAUUAAUUAUAAUUGCAUUGUUAGUAUUAUAUUCCGGUACUUCAUUUACAGUAGGUCAAUAUGAUGAGAAUGAAAAAUCUAAGAAUGAUGAACAUGCAAGUAGGAGAUUAAAUCGUUCUAAACCAAUUGCAGAAAUAGGUGACGUUUUAUUAGAUUUGGAAUAUGCAGAUAGAUUCGAUGAGGAUAUCAAGUAUAUGUUGGAAUAUGAAUUCGAUGAUUACGAAGAGGAUGAUUACGAAGAGGGUGAUUCUUCAGUUGCUGAUGAUUUAAGUGUUGCACUGGGUGGUAUAUCUGAUCUUGAAGAGAAACUAGCAAAUAUUGAAUUUGAUGAAUUGGGAAGAGAUUGGAGAGAUGUGCCGAGAGAUGAUAAUCGAUUAUAUAAAAAGACAUUUAUGGAAAAGUAUGCUAGAUUCGAUAGUUUAAAAGAUAAGAGUGAUUCAGAUGAUUUUUUAUUAACGUGGGAUGAAUUAUAUUCAACAUUUGAAUUUUUAAUUGUAAAUUCAAUAGAGGAGAAUUUACAAGCUGAACAAAAAUUAGGUCAAGCCGUAAUAAAUACAAUUGCUAAAUCAAUAGGAGACAAUGAUAGAAAAGAAUCAGAUGUCGAGAAUUCAAAUUCAAAUCCCCAAAUUAUAACGCCGUCAAAAAUCUAUAAUUAUUUUAUCUCACUGGCUAGUGAAGAAUCAAUAAGACAAACUCAAGAUAAUAAUAAAUCAAUUGUUCCAAUUUUUAACGUUUCUAAAUUUGAAUUAUUAUUACAUAACAAUUCCAAAUUGGCAAGAGCUGCAAUGGAUGAAAUGUUAAUGUACGGAGGAUUUCGAAGAUUAUUAAUUUGGUUCAUUACUCAUGAUUUAAACUUAUCUAGUUUAUUAAUUGAUUAUGUUUUUCAAUUGGCUUCAGGAUUACGUGGGAAUAAAAAUUCGGAUUAUAAUUUUUCAAGACAGGGUCAAUGUUUAGUAUUAUCAGAUGUUGAAUUAUCAAUGGUUUUACAUGAAUUUUUAACUAAUUCGAGUGUUUAUUUAUCUGCAACUACAGAUGGGAUAGAGAUUGAAAAUGGGUAUAAAGUUGUACUUGCUGAAUCUAUUGCAAAGAAAUUGAUGCAAAUGUUAUGUUUAAUGAUUAAUCAAUUGAUAAAUUUGGGCAUUAUAAAUGUAGAUGAGGAAAAUGAAGAUAUACAUGAUUAUAAGAAUGAGUUGCAAAUAUUGUUGAUUAAUUGGAUAGGUAAAGUUCCAGAAGCAAGACAGUUGUUUUUUAAGAUCAAGAAUGCAAAUUAUGAAGAAAAGAAUAAGGAGGAAAAAGAAACAAAAGAAAAUAAUAAUAUUGAAAUUACAAAUUUUGCCUUUGAACAGGAAGAAGAGUUGAUCAAAGCGUAUGCUUAUAUGUCCAUUGAUGAGAUAUCAUUUGACCUACAUGAAAAUCAAACUCAUAUGAAUAUAAUUAAAUCAUUUGCAAGGAGAAUAGAGAAAGAUAUACAAACUGUCCUAAGUCCAACUAUAGAAGUAUCAACUCAAGUGACAAUACAUUUCAGAUUUUUCAUUGAAAAUUUUAAUACACUUUGUAAAAUUGAAGAGUUGGCGGAGCUAUUAUUUGAUAGAUUUGAGCCCGUUAUUUCAACUGGAUUAAUUUUAAAUUUAGGACAAGGGCCUUUAGCAAUUGAUCAAGCCGAUGUACAAGUACAAGAUGAAUAUGAAGCUGAAUUUAGUACUGAUUUUUUGAAUGGUGAUGUGAGUUAUGAAAAGGAUAAUAAUAAGAAGAAAAAAAAGAAGUGA